UUGACAGACGAUGUUGAUGUGCUUAUGUAUUGUAACCCCCAAGCCUUCCGUACUUCAAAUAUGUACAUGCAAUUAUUAUACGUCAAUCCCCAGUUCUUCUAUCCACCUCAAUUCAGUAUCGCUCGCUUAUUUGGGGAGAGAAGCAGGAGCAUAAGACUGAUCAGGCUUAACAAUCUUGGCACCAGCAAGCUGCUUAUCGGUAUAAGCAGGCCAGAUGAUCUGACGCUUCGACUUGGACACAACAGAGAGAGUGGUGAAGCCGUUGUUGGCGCCGAACUGGUCGCUCCAGCCAGAGGUGAUGGUGAAGUCGCCGCAGGUGCUGGGGCCGGCACUGCGCUUCUUGCUGGCGCCGGGGCCCUUGACGUCGUAGCGGCACUCGUAGGGCUUGCCGUUGCCGGUGUCGAUGCCGAACUUCCAGUUGCAGAUGGAGUCGUCGGAGCGGCAGUAGCGCUUGGCGUCGCGGAUGGUCCACUGGGGGGUUGCGGCCAUCAUGUUGACGCUCUCAGCGGCGGGUGCGGCUGUGACGCCGGUGGCGGCGAGGAGGGUGAAGACUGCGGCGGAGAACUUCAUUUUGAAAGGUGUUUGUAGUGGAAGUGGUUUGUGUUUUGGGUAGAGGAGAUGUGUGAGUGUGUGAUGAUGAGAUGGGACGAGACAGGAGAGGAUGAGGCUGUUUAUAUAGAUGUUCUACACUGGUGGACUUACCUUAUGACAUAGA